CUGUUCGAGCUGCCAUCUCGGGUUUUUUUAUUAUUUUGCAAAAGAUUGCAAUUUGUGUAAUUUUUUCGUGUUUUUCCUUGAAAAUUGGGGUGAAAAGUGGAUAAUUGGACACUGGAAAACCUUUAGCGGUGUUUAAACUAAGCAGUGAGUGUUUGUUUCGCAUUGUUUUUGGGGAACUUUGACGGGAAAUUGAGUACCCCCAGCUGAUUUUUGCAUUCACCGCCAUGGGUGGUGCGUGGGUGUGAGGAUUAUUGGAGCGUUUAAAUUGUCAGGGAAGGCGCAUUGAGAGCGCAAAUUGUGUGAAGCCACCAGUCUUACUAAAAGUGAAGGAGGAGGAACUUCCGGACGCCAGGAUGAAUUCAAUUCCAUCGACGGCACCCACAUCGGCAGAUGCAUGCCUCAGUAUUGUGCACAGCCUCAUGUGCCACAGGCAGGGUGGUGAGAGUGAGGGCUUUGCCAAGCGUGCCAUUGAGAGUCUCGUGAAGAAGCUCAAGGAGAAGCGCGAUGAGCUUGAUUCCCUCAUAACGGCCAUCACGACAAAUGGGGCACAUCCCAGUAAGUGCGUCACCAUUCAGCGUACCCUCGAUGGACGUCUGCAGGUGGCCGGGCGGAAGGGCUUCCCGCAUGUAAUCUACGCACGCAUCUGGCGAUGGCCGGAUCUGCAUAAAAACGAACUGAAGCACGUAAAGUACUGUCAGUAUGCUUUUGACCUCAAAUGUGACUCCGUGUGCGUGAAUCCCUAUCACUAUGAACGCGUUGUCUCACCGGGCAUUGACCUGAGUGGGUUGACACUGCAAUCGGGCCCCAGUAGGAUUGUUAAGGAUGAAUACUCUGCUGGUGGUUUGGUACCGAGUCAAAUGGAGAUGGAAGCACUCGAUACGGGCACCAUACAGCACCAUCCACCACCACCGAUGAACAAUUCAUCCUACGCUGGAUACCAGCAAGGACCUCAUACAAUGACAGUUCCACCGGAUGGUGGUCUCCCGUCAACUGCAUGCAUCCACCCGGGGCAGCAGGUGCAACAGCAACCGAUUGUUUCACUCGCCGGCAUGGCGGCAACAGCUCAGGCGAAUGUUAUGCCAUCCUCAGCACCUCCCGAAGGGGCAUUGCAAGCUCAAUCGCCCCCGCAGACCUACUAUGCAGGUACACCAGCUGUACCACCAGCAGCGGCUGAGCAGCAACUCCCCGUGGAGGCACAACCACAAGCUACAGCAGGUAGCAGCAUGACAAUCAUCCAGACAUCGGCAUCAGCAUCGGGGCAUCCGCAGAAGAAUGGCUACGUUGCAGCAGCGGCAUCGGGAGCAGCGACACCUGGUGCGGGUGGUGGUGGUGGUGGAGCAGGUCAAGUGCAAUCAACACAGCCAUUCACGUCUGCAGAAUCCAUUCAGGGCACCUGGACGGGUUCCAGCACUCUCACCUACACGCAAUCAAUGCAACCACCGGACAUGAGGCAGAAUCAAUCAAUGUUCUGGUCACAUGGGAACUCCCAUAUUCAGGGGGAAGUCUUUGGGCAUCAGCGCUUGCUGUCGCGUCAACCAGCCCCUGAAUAUUGGUGCUCUGUGGCGUACUUUGAGUUGGACACACAAGUGGGGGAGACGUACAAGGUGCCGUCGUCAAAGCCAAAUGUCAUUGUUGAUGGGUACGUUGAUCCCUCUGGGGGGAAUCGCUUCUGCCUCGGGGCACUCAGCAAUGUCCACCGAACGGAACAGAGUGAACGCGCCCGGUUGCACAUUGGCAAGGGCGUACAGCUUGAUCUCCGCGGCGAAGGGGAUGUCUGGAUGCGCUGCCUCAGUGAUCAUUCAGUCUUCGUGCAGAGCUACUACCUCGAUCGCGAAGCAGGACGAACUCCCGGUGAUGCUGUUCACAAAAUCUAUCCAGCUGCAUACAUUAAGGUCUUUGAUUUGCGCCAAUGCUACAGACAAAUGCAAUCUUUGGCCGCCAAUGCUCAAGCAGCAGCUGCAGCACAGGCAGCUGCCGUUGCGGGGCUCCCUGGAUCUCAAAUAGGCGCUCCACCACGCAGUCUCAAUGCAGCUGCUGGGAUUGGUGUGGAUGACCUUCGGCGUCUCUGUAUCCUGCGCCUGAGCUUUGUGAAGGGCUGGGGUCCUGACUAUCCGCGACAGAGCAUCAAGGAUACUCCAUGUUGGGUAGAGGUUCACCUCCAUCGAGCUCUUCAACUUCUCGACGAGGUACUCCACACAAUGCCCAUCGAUGGACCCCGCACCGUUGAGUAAGAAAGGAGGAAAGGAUGAGCCCCCUAAGCUGACUUCUCAGAGCCAUUUUUACAAACUUAUUAUAUUGCAUUAUGUAAAUAAUUUAAUAGAGAGAAAAAAAACAUUUAAUUGAAUAAAACAUUCACACAUUGCA